AUUUGAUUCUCUCUUUCUCUCUCUCUCUUUUUUAUUUCUUUCUGCUUUCUUUAUACACAUACAUACUUUUUUUUUUUGUCAAACAAUGCAAGAUUUAGGACCACCGCCAGCACCUAAGCCAGUUACCAUGCCUCCCAUGUCGCCAGAAGAUAAAAAGAAGCUUGGUGGCGGUGGUGGAGGAGGAGGAGGUGGAGGAGGAGCGCCAGCAGCACAUGUAGUGGCUAGUCCGAUGCCAAUGAUGGGCAGUCCAAUGCCAAUGAUGGGAGGACCCAUGAUGAUGGGAGGUUGCCCUACAGUAGGUGGUAUGGGACCUAAUUUGGUGUUUAAUUUCAAUCAACCUUAUGGAAUGGGUAUGCCCAUGUAUGGUGCAGCUCCUGUAGCAGUGGUGGCAGAAGCUGGUUGUGGGUGUAAAGAAGAAAAACCACCACCAAAAAAAUGUCCACCAAUACAAGUGCAAGGUGAUCCUACCUGGACUCGACCACGUCUGGUUGUUAAAAAAGGUGCUAAAUUAAAAGAUGAUCCAUGUGUGAUUAUGUAACUAUAAAAAAAAAACCUCAAUGUAUAAUUCUGAUAUCCCCCACCUACUAUAAUUUAAAAAUAAAUAUAUAUAUAUAUUCUAUCCCC